CCCAGUUUUUUCUUCUUCAGACUCAUGGCGCCAACUGCAACACUUGAAUACAGCUCUGAUGCUCCUGAGCCACUGGCCUAUCCCCGCCUUUCGAAACAUCAUCUACUUUCCUCUCAAACUCCCGACUAUCUUCGUCUAAUUCUCACUUCAAAAGUCUACGAAAUCAUCAAGGAGACACCCCUUGUAUUUGCCCCCAAUCUCAGUGCCAAGUUGGGAAAUCAAAUAUGGUUGAAACGUGAAGAUCUGCAAGAGGUUUUUAGUUUCAAAAUCAGAGGGGCAUACAACUUUAUGGCUAGCCUUUCGGAGGAAGAGAGAUGGAAGGGUGUUAUCACUUGUAGUGCCGGAAAUCAUGCUCAAGGUGUCGCUCUUUCGGGCUCGCAUUUAGGUAUACCGUGCACGAUUGUGAUGCCCAGAGGGACUCCCUCGAUUAAAGUUCGAAAUGUCGCUCGACUGGGUGCAAAAACAAUCUUACAUGGUGUGGAUUUCGAUGAGGCCAAAGCGGAAUGCGCUCGCCUCGCAAAUCUUCACGGCAUUGCCUUUGUACCUCCAUAUGACGAUCCUUUCGUGAUCGCCGGCCAAGGAACUGUCGGGCUGGAGAUUCUCAAGCAAUUUCCUGAUGCCGAGAAUUUAGAUGGAAUAUUUGCCUCGAUAGGUGGAGGUGGUCUCAUAUCCGGAAUUGCGGAAUACGUCAAGAGGAUUGGCAGUCCGAAGACAAAGAUCAUCGGUGCUGAAACGGUAGAUGGGGAUGCUAUGCAUAAAAGCCUCGCGAAGGGAGAACGCAUAACAUUGCCGGAUGUUGGGCCAUUCGCAGACGGUACAGCUGUCAAGAUUGUGGGGAAGGAGUGUUUCAGGAUAUGUCAAGAAUUCCUUGAUGGAGUCACCUUGGUAGAUAACGACGAACUCUGUGCAGCUAUCAAGGAUAUCUUCGAAGAAACAAGGUCCAUUACGGAACCUGCGGGCGCACUUGCCCUCGCCGGUUUGAAACAUUUCAUCCUGGAAAACAAGCUUGUUGGUGCUCAAAAACGAUUCGUUGCGGUCGUUAGUGGCGCAAACAUGAAUUUUGAUCGACUCCGUUUUGUCGCAGAACGCGCAGAGCUGGGUGAAGGCCGAGAAGCCCUCAUCAGUGUUGAUAUACCCGAGAAACCUGGCAGGCAAGUCUCCAUCGUCCCCUUCAAACGUGGCAUAUUUGCAUCUUACGGGACAUCUAGCUUUACAGCCUUACAUUCAGUCAUCCACCCUCGCCCGGUUACAGAGUUCAUCUACCGAUAUAAUGUUCAUUCGUCUCCAGCUCGCGCGCAUCUGCUUUUUUCCUUCAAGCUAGAGACGACUGAUAGAAAUACAGAAAUUAAGACACUUCUCAAAGCGCUAGAAGACAAUGAUAUGAAAGGUUUUGAUAUCAGCGACAACGAAAUGGCAAAGAGUCAUGCGAGGUACAUGGUGGGUGGAUCACAAUUCGUCCCCAAUGAGAGAGUUUUCCGGUUCGAAUUCCCUGAGAGGCCGAACGCUCUGCGAAACUUUUUGAUCGGCCUCAAAACUGACUGGAAUAUCAGUCUUUUCCACUACCGGAACCAUGGUGCCGAUCUUGGAAAGGUUCUGGCUGGCAUCCAGGUGCCUCCAUCCGAGUACCAUAUAUUCGACGAAUUUCUACGGAAACUCAACUACACCUACGUAGAAGAAACUGGCAAUCCCGUUUACAAGCGCUUCCUUCACGGGCCAGGCCAGUGAACAUUGAUAGAUCUCAAUAUAGAAAGUGUAUUAACUAGAAUCCACCAAUGUUUGUAGUAUAAUUUGGAGCAACACAAUUCAAUUAGAGAUGCAA